AUGCAGCAAGGGAUGGCCGUGUGGUAUAAUCUCAAAUACUUUAACUUGAUUAUACUUGAUAUCGUGGCCAUCAAACCCUUCCUUUAUCUCCAGGGGAACCUCCUCGAAGGCCCGUUGUAUGACCCCGCGACAAAGCUGCUUCGCUUCAUCGACAUCUACGAAGAUAAACUGUAUCUUGUCAACGGUACCGAGGUGAAAAUCGUGUCUACAGAGUCUACCUUAGGAGUGACAGCCAAUAUCAAAGGGUCGAAAGAGUAUCUUGUCGGGGCGCGCCAUGGCGUUGCCACGAUGACCGAUGAAGGGAAGAUCACCUACCUGAAGAAAUACUGGGAUGUGUAUAUCGACGGAGACAAGGAAUACCGAAUGCGCUCCAAUGAUGGGGCAGUCGAUUCGCACGGGCGGUUCUGGGUAGGAACCAUGAACGACAUCCACCGCGUCGACAACGGCAGAUAUAACCCCGAAGGCAUCUUAUUCCGCGUUGACGCCGACCUCUCCAUACACCGGAUCCUCGACGGGGCAACCACGCCGAACGGGGUGGGCUGGAACUCGGCUGACAACAUCAUGUACUGGACAGACAGCGCGACGCUGAAGGUCUUCGCCUUUAACUUUGACGCCGCGACGGGCACCGUCUCCAACAAACGCAUCUUCUGGGAUUCCCAACAGGCAGGGUACGCGGAGUACGUCACGCCCGACGGCCUGGUCGUCGACCGCGAGGACUGCGUCUGGGUAGCCCUGUGGCGCGGGUACAAAGUUGUGCGAAUCAACCCGCACGGCCAGCCCGUCGGGGAGAUCGUCCUUCCCACCUCGUACGUGACUUGUCCGGUCUUCCAGGGGACGGAGAUGGUCAUCACCACGGCGAGGGACCCGGAGGUCAAAGACGAGGGAAUCGCACGCGGAGGGGAUGUGUAUAAAGUCGACGUAGGAGUGGAGGGACUGCCAAAGCAUGAGUUUGUGCUCAACACGGAUAGAUAGGAAAGGCACCUUAGGUUCCUAACCUUGGUAGACAGGAAGGUGAUAGAAAGACGGCCCAAUCGGGACAAGUAGGGCAAGAAACCAGGGCAAGGCAGUCCAGGUGAUCUGGCCAAUGAGAGUGUCCAGGCCACCACGUGGGGCCUGUGCUGUAUAAUACGCUGCCGACGUACACCACAGUCUGCUCUGUUCCUUCCUG